AAAAAUUGAAUCUUGGGCAGAACUAAACAUAGUUAAGUAGAUUAGACGUUAGUAAUUCUCCUAAUGGUUUGUAGGCUAGAAUCACUUCUUCAUUAGUAAUGUAAUUACCCACGGUCUGUAAGCUGGAAUCACUUCUUUAUUAGUCAUCUAAUUUAGCAAAAGAAAAAAAAAAUUAAGAUAAGUGAACUUUUUUGACAUAACAAUCACGAUUUCACAUUUUCGAGAUGUAGAAUUGCUAGAUAACAAAAGUUGUACGUGUUAAUUCCAUACCUUCAAGGCACAGGGAAAAAAAAUACAUUCGAAGAUGUAGAAUUUUGAUGAGGUAUCCAAUAUGUGAAAAACUAUCAUAUUUUUUUCGACACAAUUUUAAACCUCUUUUAUUCUCUCAAAAAGAGGGGGAAAAAAAAGUUAGGUUGAAAUAUUCUCUCCCUUAUUGUAGAUACCAAAAGUACCCCACCUCACCUCUUUAUAUAAAAUCCCAAGCAAAGACACCAAAAUUUUAGUUGUACAAAACUUUGCACACACAACAACAAGACCAUCAAGAAAAAAAAAAGGCCCUCUUCAAUGGUGGAAGGAGAAAGCACCUCUAUGAUGCCAAAGCUCAUCACUUUCCUCUCCUCUGUACUUCAGCGAGUGGCCGAGUCGAACGACCAUCUUGACUCGGCCAUUGAAACGCAAAAGAGCUCGGCCUUCCACGGCUUGACUCGGCCCGGGAUCUCUCUCCAUAGCUACCUAGAGAGGAUCCUCAAGUAUGCCAAUUGCAGCAACUCUUGCUUCAUUGUUGCUUAUGUUUAUCUUGAUCGGUUUGCUCAGAGGCAGCCAUUGUUGCCCAUCAACUCUUAUAAUGUCCAUCGCUUGCUCAUUACUAGUGUUCUUGUUGCUGCCAAGUUCAUGGAUGAUCGGUGCUACAACAAUGCUUUCUAUGCAAGAGUGGGAGGGAUCAGCACAACAGAAAUCAAUUUUCUUGAAGUGGAUUUCCUCUUUGGAUUAGGGUUUCACUUGAAUGUGACACCCAACACCUUCCACACCUAUUGCUCCUCUUUACAAAAGGAGAUGCUGCUGCAGCAACCUCCUCUAACUUCUCCAAUUACUUCUAUAACUUCUUCAGAAAUAUCACUAAAAACCAAAUAUUUGAGCUUUGAGGAAGAUGAAUCUUCCCAUCAACAGCAACAAGUAGCUGUUUGAAAAGGAAAAAACAAUCAAACCCAAUAAUUAUCUUCAUGUUUUAGGUAAAACCCAUUUGAUUUGGGGCGUACCCAAAUCAAACUGAAAUACGUUUUGUAAUUUCUCGCUCAUAUAUCCAACGGUGUUAUAGUACGAGUCUCUAGUGAUUUAUCCAUUGUACAUAUGGAAAAGAUGUUGAUUGGUAAGAAAAUAGUGGUGUGUGGAUUAAUGUCAGGAGAUAUGAUAAGUUAUUGGUUGAAUUUAGGAUAAAUGGUUUGUGUUGGAAUGAAUGAUUAUGAGGAUAUGGGGUUUGGGUAGAAGGGAAAUGAUCCACUUAUUUAUAUGUUACUGGAUCUGACAUGAGUUCAAGAGGAAGUUUUGUCGGUAAAAAGUUGAUGGAUGAGAGAGUUUUGUGGUCAAUGUUUGAAGGAAAUUUAGUGGAUGACAGUGACAGAUGAUGGAAGAGAGACAGUACACAUGACUUCUAUAUUUGUGAUUCACUUUUUGGUGUGUAAAUGACAAUUUGUUCUAUUUCACAGU